AGUUAAUACCAAUCAAAGGUUCAGAUAGGUAAAUAGGUAGCCCCAGUAUUCUUAUAGACAAUUUAUUCAACGGGUAGAUAAGCACACGAAAAAUCAUCAUCAGUGAACUUCAGUCAAGUAAUAAGGCUAGUUGUUUUAUAUUGCUGAAUCGUCUUUUUCAGUGGUGUUUCGUGAUUUCGAUUUAAUAAGCGGCAACAUUGAUGCAAUAAGAAAAUGUCUAAUCUUGAAAGAGAAUUGCCUGAUACAAAUACUGACAGGAAGCUGGAACCCGACAACAAUUUAGAUAUUUCCAAAACAUUUCAAGAAACUGUUGGUCUACAUGUCAACAUUUUUUCUCAUAAUUGUAAAAGAAGAUUUCGAAGUAAAUGCAGUCCAUAUCUACUAGGAACAACCAGUAUUUUACUUUUCGUUUUAGGACUGCUACAAAUUGUAUUUCCGCCAUACGAUAUACUUAUGAAUUUGAGACUACGAAUGGUACCAGGAUUACCUCCUUAUGAGUGGUGGUUAAUACCGCCAGAUUAUGGUAUAAUUAAAAUUUACUUAUUUAAUGUUACCAAUGCUGAAAGAUUUUUGAAUAAGACUGAUAAAAAAAUCAAAUUACAAGAAAUAGGACCCAUCAUUUACAGGGAAAACCUAAUCCACAAAAACAUAAUAUUUAAUGAGAAUGGAACUCUUACUUAUACGUCUAACCGAACCUUGGAAUAUUUACCUGAAAGGAAUCCCGUUAAUCUUUUGAGCAAAACUGUUGUGAUGCCAAAUAUAGCUGUGUUAUUCAUCCCUUCAUACUUAUACGAUGCGCCAUUCUUCAUUAGAUUUGGUGUAAAUUUGAUGAUGAGGAAGUUGAAAUCACUUCUAUUCAAGACUGGGACUAUACAUGAUUUUCUAUGGAAUAUGAGUGAUCCAAUCUUGGAAACUUCGCAGCAAAUCGCACCCUCUCUAGUUCGAACCAAAAAUGUCGGAUUUCUUAAAAGGAUAUAUGAUAAAUAUGAAGACACAACCACUGUCUACAUAGGUCCAAAAUAUGAUGAAAGAUAUUUCUAUCGUAUUGACAAAUACGACGGUUCGGAAUAUAUGCCUUAUUUGACGAAUUGUAAAGAAAAAGUACAAGGAUCUAUAGAUGAUGUGAUGUACUUUCAGGGGAUUACGAAGAACGAUACUUUAAGAUUUUUCAAGAAAACCUUGUGUCGUGUAGCAAAUUUGAACUACGCAAGGGAAUUCGAAAGAUAUGGACUGAAAGGUUAUAGAUUUGAAAUGGAUCAACAUUUUUAUAAUCGAACUUAUCCAAUUGAAAAUGAUUGUUAUCGAGGCAAGCCGAUCCUUCCAAAUGGUUUGAUAGAUGUGUCAGCAUGUAAUUUUGAUUCUUCUGUAGCAGCAAGCUAUCCUCAUUUCCUCUACGCUGAAGAGCAUCUUCAAAACUCUGUAGAAGGUCUAAGUCCAGAUGUUCAUAAACAUUCAGCAUAUGUUGAAGUAGAACCAAAAACUGGAAUUCCUUUAAGAGGUGCAGCUAGGUCGCAGGUCAAUAUUGUCAUCAAAGAUAUGAAAGGCUUCAACGAAAAAUUGCAUAUAUUUAGCAAUCUUACUAUUCCUUUAAUUUGGAUAGAACUCGCUCAAGAGUCACUAUCCCUCAAAGUACAAUGGCUUAUAUAUAUCCAGGUUAUGCUGAUGCCGAUAUUUCAGAAUAUUUUGAUGAUAUCUACAUUUCUAGCAUCUCUUCUUCUAUUCUUUGUAUAUUUAAAUAGAAGGAGAAAAACUUUAUGGAAACAGUCUAAGAUCAAAGGAGUCUUCGCCUUCGAAGCUGAGAAAUUCUUGAAGAAAUGAUAUAAGAACUGUACUAUGGAAAAAGUUAGUCAAUUUUUAUAGUUAAUAUUGUUAUUAAUUAAUAAAACAUGAAUGAGAAAAAUAAGUUGUUUAGUUUU